CCGCGGGUGAGCCGCCUCCGGAGGGCCGGGGAGUGCUCUCCUCGGGGGACGCGGACGCGGCGGCAGCCCCGGGCGCGCCGGAGGCAUGGAGCGCUGCCCCAGCCUGGGGGUCACCCUCUACGCCCUGGUGGUGGUCCUGGGGCUGCGGGCGGCACCGGCCGGCGGCCAGCACUACCUCCACAUCCGCCCGGCCCCCAGCGACAACCUGCCCCUGGUGGACCUCAUCGAGCACCCGGACCCUAUCUUUGACCCCAAGGAGAAGGAUCUGAACGAGACGCUGCUGCGCUCGCUGCUCGGGGGCCACUACGACCCGGGCUUCAUGGCCACCUCGCCCCCCGAGGAGCGGCCCGGCGGGGGCGGGGGCGCGGGCGCGGGCGCGGGCGCGGCCGGGGGCGCCGAGGACCUGGCCGAGCUGGACCAGCUGCUGCGGCAGCGGCCGUCGGGGGCCAUGCCGAGCGAGAUCAAAGGGCUGGAGUUCUCCGAGGGCUUGGCCCCGGGCAAGAAGCAGCGCCUGAGCAAGAAGCUGCGGAGGAAGUUACAGAUGUGGCUGUGGUCGCAGACCUUCUGCCCGGUGUUGUACGCGUGGAACGACCUGGGCAGCCGCUUCUGGCCGCGCUACGUGAAGGUGGGCAGCUGCUUCAGCAAGCGCUCGUGCUCGGUGCCCGAGGGCAUGGUGUGCAAGCCGUCCAAGUCCGUGCACCUCACGGUGCUGCGGUGGCGCUGUCAGCGGCGCGGGGGCCAGCGCUGCGGCUGGAUUCCCAUCCAGUACCCCAUCAUUUCCGAGUGCAAGUGCUCGUGCUAGAACUCGGGGCCCCCUCCCCGCACCCGGACAAUGGAUGGAACCCCACCGAC